GUCAAAGAAAAGCAGGUCACACAGAAUCUUCUUCCUUGUUUGAGUAGUGGAGCCAAACGAAGAAAAACAUCCGAGCGGGAGGUGCGUGGGCAGCGCUUCAAGCAGUAGCCUGGGCUACGUGUUGUUAGUGUUGGCCAUUUUUAUCACUGGUCAGGUCAUGUGAAGACAAGUGAGUCCCUCAGAAUUGUCUUCCUCAUUGUAUCCACCGCCUCAAAUAAAGAUUCUCCUUCACUCAAAUGUUUGUUGUCAUCUAGUCUGGGCCGUGUGUAUGGCGGGGUAAGAGUCCAGUGGUAGAGAGGAGCCCAAAGCUGGACUGGUGUGUUCAUCUGGUUUGUUUUGGUUUUCAUAGUUGUUGCUGAGGGGAGGUCAGAAAAACAACAAACAAGCAAGCAAACAAGCAAACAAACACCUGGUGAUCUUGAAACUGAGACGUGAGGCCAGAACACCAGCCACAACGAGUUAGAAAAAGAACAGACUCCAAAUCCAGAUGCAGCGUGCUGGGAGGUGGACCCACCAAGCGCCUGGCCUGACUGGUGGGAGGUUUGGAAGCCGCCACCGUGCAGGGACCCGAACCAGAGUGGGGGGCAGGCGGUGGGAAAGGGGACAGGACUGCGCAGAGACCCGCUGCCAGGUUCACUAAGGCUUCCGGUACCCGGGGCACCAGACAGAAGGCGGCAGCCUCCGGCCCAGCCCGCCGCAUUCCCAAUGUCGGGCGGGACGGGGGCGUGGCUCCGCGCAUGCUCACCUCCCGGCCCUCCGCCUUGGCGGAACUCGGCAGGCGCCGGAAGCACAGGCAGCCGCUGCAUGGCGCAGGCGGGGAACACCGGCCCUGGGGUCGGAGGGCAGUGGGGCGCGGGCAUGGCCCGGGGGCGCGCGCCCUGGCUCUGGGCCCUGGCGAUGCUCUGGCAGGUGGCAGCCGCGGGCCUGCCCUUCCAGCGCCAGUGGCCCAUACCCUACAAACGCUUCUCCUUCCGUCCGGCACCAGAUCCUUACUGUCAAGCUAAAUAUACUUUCUGUCCAACUGGCUCACCCAUCCCCGUGAUGAAGGGUGAUGAUGUCAUUGAAGUCUUUCGGCUACAAGCCCCAGUGUGGGAAUUUAAAUACGGGGACCUCCUGGGACACUUGAAAAUCAUGCACGAUGCCAUUGGAUUCAAAAGUACUUCAACUGGCAAGAACUACACAAUGGAAUGGUAUGAACUUUUCCAACUUGGAAAUUGCACAUUUCCCCACCUCCGACCUGAAAUGAAUGCUCCAUUCUGGUGUAACCAAGGAGCUGCCUGCUUUUUUGAAGGCAUCGAUGAUAUGCACUGGAAGGAGAAUGGGACGUUAGUUCAAGUAGCAACCAUAUCAGGAAACACAUUUAACAAAAUGGCAAAGUGGGUAAAAGAGGACAAUGAAACAGGAAUUUAUUAUGAGACGUGGACCAUCCAAGCCAGCCCAGAAAAGGGGGCGGAGACAUGGUUCGAAUCCUACGAUUGUUCCAAAUUUGUGUUAAGGACAUAUAAGAAGUUGGCUGAACUUGGAGCAGACUUCAAGAAGAUAGAAACCAACUACACAAGAAUAUUUCUUUACAGUGGAGAACCUACUUAUUUGGGAAAUGAAACAUCUAUUUUUGGGCCAACAGGAAAUAAGACUCUUGCUUUAGACAUAAAAAGAUUUUAUUACCCCUUCAAACCACAUUUGUCAACUAGAGAAUUUCUGUUGAGUCUCUUGAAAAUUUUUGAUGCAGUAAUUAUACACAGACAAUUCUAUUUGUUUUAUAAUUUUGAAUAUUGGUUUUUACCUAUGAAAUUUCCUUUUAUUAAAAUAACAUAUGAAGAAAUCCCUUUACCUAAUAGAAACAGAACAAUCUCUGGUUUAUAAGACCUUUAUUCUCAUGCUCUUUUCCAUCCUACCACCAGCAUAUCAGUUUUUCAUGGAGUGUUUUUACAUUUGUGUAUUUUUCUAGGUCUGUCUUCCUUGGGGCAGGAAGGUAACAUGCACAGGGGCAGAAGUGCUGCAUAAUAAUACCUCAGGAGUUUUUUUGGAAAGAAGCUGAAACUCUAUAGUGUUGGCCAGAGUGAAUAUAGUACAUGAUCUUAACUUGUCUCCAACCCUUUAUUGAUAUGGAGAAUUAAAGUUUGUAUCAGCUAUAUAGGCUCUUUAGAUCCAACAUUUUAAAAUCUGAAUAUGGUGUACCAAGAUUUUAAAACUAUACUCAGUGACAUUUUCAUGGUAGGAGCUACUUCUGGUAUGAUAGUUAUGCUUUUUCAUUUAAGUACUUUUUGGUAGUUUACAUUGCCUUUACAGCUCUUGCAACUUUUGGAACUGCUUUAUUAGUUUGAUUUUGUUUCAUUCACUUAAGCUUAAAGAUUAAUUUGGACACCAUAGCUACAGUGUUGUAGUCCUCUGACCAUCAGUAUUUAACUAAUUAAUAGGAAAGGGAAGCAAAGGGAACUAGAUAUUGAGCUUAAUAUAAUGGAGAGUUUAGGCCUAUUUGCUUCACCAGGAAGCUACAGCUUCACACCCCAGGGGGUCAUAGCAUUGCUUCCACAAGAUUAACACUCCUCCCUUCCCCCAGUCUGGUACCUGAUUGUUGGGGGCACAGGGGAGGUGCUGGACCAUAGAGGCCUGUCAGUCUAACUAGGGGGUGUGCACCCAUCCAAAGUGCGUGAAAACUUGGGAAGCAGAUUGGUCAUUUUGAGCAACCACCUGGUCUGUCACAAAGCCAAGCUCCUGGUUAUUACCCCAGGGGAACAAAGAACUUGCUCUCUCUCUGGCUGGGGACCUGCUGUCCCCCAUGCACUCACGCAUUCUCUCUCCCUAGCCAUGUGAUCUUAGCAGCCACAUGGCCCAUGUCCACUGGGACUCCUCACGCAGGCUCCAGGAGGGAGCCUGAAUACCUCCGCACAGCAACAGACUGCAGCUGGAAACCCCCGCGGAGCCAGCUGGAUGCGGGACUGCACUGGACUUGAACAUGGAGCGGGAACUCUGAGCAGUGGCCUUCAGCCUGGCCCUGCUGAAGACAAGAGUGGACUUUUUCCUUGGCGAGAUGGAUGGAGAUGGGACAUUGGGAAGUCAGAACCCCCUUAAUUUUACAUCAAUAAAGUUCAGUGUGGAGCCCCAUC